GAGAUCUACUGUCAGAUCUGUAAGCAGCUGAGUCAGAACCCGUCUAAGAGCUCUCACGCUCGCGGCUGGAUCCUCAUCUCUCUGUGUGUCGGCUGCUUCGCCCCGUCAGACAAGUUUCUCAAGUACCUGAGGAACUUCAUCAGCAGCGGGCCGCCGGGCUACGCUCCGUACUGUGAAGAGAGGCUGAGACGGACAUUUGUCAACGGGACGAGAACACAACCUCCGUCCUGGCUGGAGCUGCAGGCCACCAAGUCGAAGAAGCCCAUCAUGCUGCCGGUGACUUUCAUGGAUGGCACGACCAAGACGCUGCUGACCGACUCGGCCACCACAGCCAUGGAGCUCUGCAGUGCGCUGUCCGACAAGAUCAACCUGCGGGACCGCUUCGGCUUCUCUCUCUACAUCGCUCUGUUUGACAAGGUCUCGUCUCUGGGCAGCGGGAACGACCACGUGAUGGACGCUGUGUCGCAGUGUGAGCAGUACGCCAAGGAGCAGGGCGCCCAGGAGAGGAAUGCCCCCUGGAGGCUGUUCUUCAGGAAGGAGAUCUUCACGCCUUGGCACAACCCCGGGGAUGACCAGGUCGCCACUAACCUCAUCUACCAACAAACCGUCAGGGGGGUGAAGUUCGGAGAGUACCGCUGCGACAGGGAUGACCUGGCAGAGCUGGCCUCUCAGCAGUAUUACGUAGAUUACGGUUCAGAAAUACUCCUGGAGCGCCUGCUGAGCCUCAUCCCCUCCUACAUCCCAGACAGAGAGAUCAGCACCUCCAGGACGGUGGAGAAAUGGGCUCAUUUAAUCAUGGCCGCUCACAAGAAGGGCAUCUACACCCAGAAGAGGUUCGACCCUCAGAAGGUGAAGGAGGAGGUGGUGGACUUCGCUCGCCACAAGUGGCCUCUGCUGUUCUCUCGCUUCUAUGAAGCCUUCAAGUUCUCAGGUCCCGCUCUGCCUAAAAACGACCUGAUCGUGGCCGUCAACUGGACCGGGGUUUACUUUGUGGACGAGCAGGAGCAGGUCCUCCUGGAGCUGUCCUUCCCAGAAAUCACUGCAGUCUCUAGCAGCAGGGGAGGGAAGCUACAGAGUCAGAGUUUCACUCUAGCAACAAUAAAAGCAGACGAGUACACCUUCAACUCCAACAACGCAGAGGACAUCCGUGACCUUGUGGUGACCUUCCUGGAAGGUCUCAGGAAGAGGUCCAAGUUUGUGGUCGCGCUGCAAGACAACCCCAACCCCCGUAAGUCCUGAAUGGGGGGAGUG